UGGCUCCCCCUACUGGCUUAACUUGCAAUCUCAUUACUGAUUGGCUGACUUUGCUGCCACUCAAAAAAUGUAGCCAAUUAUUUUAAAGUGGAGGGGCAGUUAGAUGCCUGUGAUGUCAUAAGCAUCAGUUUUUCAGAUUGGGCCGUUUUCUGGCUGACAUUUCUAAAAGAGGAAUUUCUAUGAGACUGAGAUAUUUAGCAUGUUUAGCACUUUUUGUAUGUUUGUGAAUGCGGGAAGACUACCAUUAUUCAACAAAGACAAGGUAAAAAUAGUUUUUCAUUCUCUGUCCCCUUUAAGGAAGUGUCUAGCGUGUAUUUUGUGAAUGUCACAAACUCUUCUAUCAUAAAUGGUUUUAACGCAUGUAACACGUGAUGCACAUGGUUUACAUGACGCAACAAAUACAUAUUUUGAAAACGCAAGCAACACACAUAACUCUCCGAACACUUAUUUUGAAUUUGUGCCCCUCGGAUGAGCAGUCACGAGCCGCCACUGACGUAUAGUCCAGUGCGACUGAUAUAUGUUUUUCCUCUUCAAAACACAUUUUUGACUGAUGCGACUCAUAGUCCGGAAAAUACAGUAACACAUGCAGAAACAAUGAAGGUGUUUGUUAAAAGUCUCACUUAGACUAUACAUGAGUGUGAUUUUGAUGUGUGAAAAAGAGCAAUACAAAAGAUCUUCUGUGCAUAAAUUAAACACAGUUUGAUCAGUCUUAGUGUUCAGACCGAGCAAGAUGCUACGAUUUAUCAUCCUUGUCACCCUGCUGGUAUCCUCAGCGUGCGCUCUUCAAUGGGAAAUCUACAGAGAAGAAAUGAUUGGGAAUAAAGAAAGUUCUGGUGAAAUCAUGGUCAAAACGAACCAAGGGCUUCCUGGAUUAUGCUGGACGUGUAAGUGGACUAUGAGGAGCGUGAAGAAAAAGAUCUCCAAUGGUGCAACCCAGGAUGACAUUAAAAGUCAGCUAUCAAUGGUCUGUGAUCAGAUUGGGUUCCUAAAAUCUGCGUGUAGGGGUAUGGUGAACAAGUACACGGGCGUUCUGGUCGAAGAACUUUCAACGUCAGACGACCCAACAACCAUCUGUGUGAACGUUGGCAUUUGCAAGAAGAGACCUUUCUAAUGUUUUAGACUCUUGGUGUUAAAAUAAUAAGAAUUACUCAAUAAAGUGUGAAGCAUUUAUGUUUGAUCAAUGUUUCAAUAUUAUGAUGCUUUGUAAUAUGACAGAAAUUAAAACGGAUUCAAUUUGCUUUAGGCUUAAAGAAACGCAAAAGUGUUAUUUGAGUUCAGCAUCAGAGCGAAUGGUGUUGCCUCUGUGCUUUUUUUUAACAUUCACACAUAUUGCAGAUCUGCAAAAUUUCUCUCUCAAUAUAAUAAAGCUGAUGCAUGUUUGUUGUCACGUAC